UAUAUGCUUCUUUCUCUCUCUCUCUCUUCCUUUCCUGCUUGUUCUCAACUCUUUCAAAGUCUUAACCUUUCUUUUGUUUCAGUUCUGUCUGACCUUUUUUCCUCAGCUGAACUCAGGAUAGAGAGGAAAAUAGAAUAGAAAUGGAGGGCCUGCCCUCUGGCUAUCGCCCCAACGUUGGAGUUUGUCUCAUCAAUGAUGAUAAUUUGGUAUUUGUAGCUUCCAGAUUAAAUGUUCCAGGAGCUUGGCAAAUGCCGCAAGGGGGAAUUGAAGAUGGGGAGGAUCCUAGGUCUGCAGCGACUAGAGAAUUGCGAGAAGAAACUGGAAUUGUCUCUGCUGAAAUAAUUGAUGAGGUUCCUCAAUGGUUGACCUAUGAUUUUCCUCCUGCUGUUAAGGCAAAAGUGAAUCGCCUUUGGGGAGGAGGAGAAUGGCAUGGUCAGGCACAAAAGUGGUUUCUCAUGAGAUUGACAAAAGAUGAAAGUGAGAUCAAUUUAGCAAACGGUGAAGUUGAGCCAGAAUUUGCUGAUUGGAAAUGGGCUAGACCUGAAGAAGUCAUCGAACAGGCAGUGGACUACAAGAGGCCUACCUAUGAGGAAGUUAUGAGAACCUUCGGCCCCUACCUUAAUGAUAAUGGAAAGGCUGCCAAAUGCCAAUCGACAAAGUGGUGAAAAUAAGUGCAGAUAUGCAGUUUUUUCUUUCUUUCUCUGCUGAGUUUGCAGUAUUUAGAUUCUAAAGAGCUCUCUGUAAAUGAAUAUGGCAAUCUGAAACCUUAGCUAGCUAUCACGUUUUUAUGGUAUAUGUUUCUUUUAAGGUUUUAACGGGCUUGCAUGAUUUGUGCUGGAA